CUUCUUGCCUCCCACCACCUCCGCACAAACGCGUCGCGUCCCCCCUGCGCCGUGCGAACCCUGUAGGCGUCCCUGUGCCCGAUCCGCCACCACCAGCAGCGGCCAUGUCGCCAGCGGAGCCGACGCGGGAGGAGAGCGUGUACAUGGCGAAGCUCGCGGAGCAGGCGGAGCGGUACGAGGAGAUGGUGGAGUUCAUGGAGCGCGUGGUGCGCGCGGCCGGCGGCGGGGAGGAGCUCUCCGUGGAGGAGCGCAACCUGCUGUCCGUCGCCUACAAGAACGUCAUCGGGGCGCGCAGGGCCUCGUGGCGGAUCAUCUCGUCGAUCGAGCAGAAGGAGGAGGGGCGCGGCAACGAGGCGCACGCGGCGUCCAUCCGCGCCUACCGCUCCAAGAUCGAGGCCGAGCUCGCCCGCAUCUGCGACGGCAUCCUCGCGCUGCUCGACUCCCACCUCGUGCCCUCCGCGGGCGCCGCCGAAUCCAAGGUCUUCUACCUCAAGAUGAAGGGCGACUACCACAGGUACCUGGCUGAGUUUAAGUCGGGCACAGAGAGGAAGGAAGCUGCUGAGAGCACCAUGAACGCUUACAAAGCUGCUCAGGAUAUUGCUCUUGCAGAUCUGGCUCCGACCCACCCCAUAAGGCUUGGCCUUGCGCUCAACUUCUCGGUAUUCUACUAUGAGAUCCUGAACUCCCCCGACCGUGCUUGCAACCUUGCGAAACAGGCCUUUGAUGAGGCUAUCUCAGAGCUAGACAGCCUGGGAGAAGAAUCCUACAAGGACAGCACUCUGAUCAUGCAGCUCCUUCGUGACAACUUGACUCUAUGGACAUCCGACACCAAUGAGGAUGGCGGUGAUGAAAUUAAGGAAGCCACAGCCCCGAAGGAAUCCGGCGAUAGCCAGUAAUGCCGAUUCAGACUCCCGACCUGAUGCACCGACAGAUGUUUUGUGGGUUAAUGGAGAUUGCCAUGCUUGCAUUUCGAUAGCUGUCUUCCAGUAUAUGUACUGUUGUCGUCGCACUGUUGUCGUCGCACUGGAGUAGACGACAAUGCUGUUGAAUUAAGCACUUCAGAUGUUAUGGUCGUACUCUUUGUUUCAGUCAGUUGAUAAAUGGUGGUUGGAUGCUGGUUUUCGUUUCCCAACCCACCAGGAAAAACUUGCCCGUUCGCAGUGUUGUUAGUGAUGCUAUGUUAACCUAUAUUUGACAGACUCGCUGCCAGUAGUAUUUUGUUGAGAUGAAUCUUCAAAAGUUGCUUGGCUUUCA